AUGGCCAUGACCUCGCCAGCCGCUGUGCCAGUCUCUGGUGGCUACAAGGAGAAAGACGAUGUGCUGCUGGGAAGGCUACCGCCCUUGCAGAAGGAGCUGGGGCGGUCGAAGGUUUUGGUGGAUCUGGUAGAGGAGCCGCACGAGGGCCACAGGUUCACCUUCCCACUGCCCGGGCCGCUCAACGGCGUCACGACGCGGGGCAAGGCCAUCCUGAAGAUGUGCGGGGUCACCUACCAGUACCCAGAGCAACCACAGCCUGCGGUGCGCAAUGCAGAGCUCAGUGUGUCCCAGGCCAGCCGUGUGGCACUGAUGGGGCCCAUGGGCUCCGGACGAUCCACGCUGCUGAAGGUGCUGAGCGGGCGACUGCUGCCCACCCACGGGUCCGUUCAGCGCGUGGUGGGAGCAAGAGUAGCGUACGUCUGCAAGCAUUCGCUGCAACGCUUCGGGCACUUCAAGGAUGCGACGGCCUUGCAGUACAUGCUCUGGCGCUAUGCAGACCACCGGGACAAAGAAUCGCUGGCAGUGGCAUCAGAGGUCCUCACGGCAGAGGAGAAAGCCCUGAGGAAGCAGCGCUGGCAACUCGACCGGGCAACAGGACUUCCCCAGCGUUGUGGCGAGGGCGAGGCCGAUGUGCCUGUUGUACCUGAGACUGCAUGUGACCGGCGCUGCAAUGCAUCCGGGGAGUUGGAGUACCAGGUCAAGUGGGUGCAGCACGACCAGAAGACCUGGGUCAAGAAAGAGGUCCUGGUCCAGAUGGGCUACAAAAGCCUGGCCCGGCUGGAAGACGACUGGCAGGCCUCCUCCGCUCUGGCAGUCAAGGAGCUGACCCGGGAGAAUGUGCAGAGCCACCUUUCCCGCUUCCAAGUGGAUGCCAGCGCCUGUCAGAUGCCCAUGGGCCGGCUCUCCCGCAACAUGAAGAUCAGGAUCGUUUUGGCCGCGGCGCUCUGGCAGCAUCCGCACAUUCUGAUCUUGGACGAGCUUGCGGACUACAUGGAUGCUGAGGACAUCCAGGGCCUCCGCAGCGCGCUGGACCAUUAUGCGGGCGGCGUCAUCCUCGUCUCCUCGAAUGAACAACUCUGCGACGAGUUCGCCAAUGAGAAGUGGUUCAUGGAUGACGGGGUGCUUCACGUGGAGGGAACCUUCCAGGGCGACAUCCACUGUGCUGCAAAGACGGCCGUGGCACCUUCCAAGGCUGCUUCCGAGCUCAUUAAAGACAUCGAGCGCCGGAUGCGCGAGCACAGGCGCCGACCUUUGACGGACAAGGAACUCUGGCAGCUGGAGGACGAGCUGCACGAGCUGAAGGAGGGAGUCCUGCUGAAUGAUCUGGUGCUCCAAAAUCCGGAGGAUGACGACGCCUACGCCAUCUCUGGGCUGGGCGAAGUGAUCGACAAGCAGCUCGCCGAAGUCCUCAUGGAGGAGUUUGGCGCCGAUUUGAAGAACUUUCGACAGGCGCAGCUUGAUUACAACCUCAAGCUCAGCCUGUUGGUGGAGGAGAGGCCGGGCGAAGACCCUGCGUUGGACCUCCUGGGCUUCGUCGCCUACAAGACUUGGGGACUGCCCAUUCCCGGCGUCAGCGUAGGUGCUGUGGGUGUGGCAGACAAACAUCGAGGCAAGGGCUAUGGCCGGCAGCUCAUGAAGGUGGCUGAAGAUCGUGCAGCACUCCUCGGCGUUUCCACGUCCGAGGGCUUUCGGCCGGGCCAAGUCCGGCUACGUUCCUUGGCCUCCGCGGUGGGCUUCUACGAGCGGCUGGGCUAUGAGCGUGUGGAGGAAGACGGGGACGAGCUCGCGCACACACCCGGCUGCCCAGACCCAGAACGACAUGCCGGUGAGGUCGACGAG